AUGUCCAACAUCUUGCAAGCAAAUUUUGCUGAUGUAGAGUUGACGCCCAUUUUCAGCAAGGCCCGGAAAAAAUGGCGCCUGGCAUAUGCUACUCUCUACAGUAUUAGAGCCUUACUCUCUUUAGUCAAUGAGCAAGGUGAAUGCUUGGGCAAGUUAUUGCGCUCUCCAUCUUAUACGGCAAUCAAAGUUGAGCCAGAUCACAUUUUUCGCAUCAGUCAACCAAGCCUCAGCAAGCUCGUUGAGUCCAAAAGUAUUGAGCAGCUCCUUCAGUUUGGAGGAGUUGAAGGGGUAGUCUCUGCUCUUGAAACUGAUUCAGAGAAAGGUAUCCAAGGCAGUGUUGAAGACAUUGGCAACCGACGCAAAGUUUUCGGUUUAAACAGAUACAAGAAGCCACAUACGAAUACCUUGCAAAUCGUGUUGGAGGCCUUCAAAGAUCCCAUUAUUUUCAUCCUACUCCCAUGUGCCACACUUUCUAUUGGUUUUGGUGUCAAAAAGCAUGGGCUGAAAGGAUGGUCUGACGGGGGAAGCAUACUAGUAGCGAUCUUUCUAGUCAUCAUUGUCUCUUGUUUGAGUAACUACUGGCCAAGAAGACAUUUCCACAAGUUGUCCAGAGCCGGUGACAAUUUCCCAGUUGAUGUCAUAAGAAAUGGGCAGACACAGCAUAUUUCAACAUAUGAUCUUGUUGUUGGAGAUGCUGUUCGCUUGAGGAUUGGAGAUCAAGUUCCUGCUGAUGGCUUGUUCAUGGAUGGGCAGUCCUUACAGGUGGAUGAAUCAAGAAUAACAGGAAGAACUGACAUUGUGGAAGUCAAUUGUAGCCACAAUCCAUUCUUGCUUUCUGGCACCAUAGUGGCUGAUGGCUGUGCUCUAAUGCUCGUCACUUCAGUAGGCUUGAACACAGCAUGGGGAGAGAUGAUGAGCUCGACAAGCUGCGAUUAUAUUAAAAAGACUCCUUUACAAGCUAAUCUCCACAAGCUGACCUUAUUCAUAGCUAAGAUUGGUAUGGUGGUUGCUUUCCUGGUUCUUGCAGUACUGCUGAUUCGCUACUUCAUGGGGAGAAUGUACAAUGAUAAUGGAAAUAGGGAAUUCAUCCGUGGCAACACAAGCAUCCAUCAUGUAUUCAACGCCAUAGUAGGAAUACUAGCGACACCAAUUGCUAUUGCAUCAGCUGCCAUUCCAGAAGGUUUGCUGUUGGCUGUCACAAGCACUCUUGUUUUUUCGACCAAGAGAAUGGCAGGUGAUCAGGCACUAGUGAGAAAUCUUUCAGCCUACGAAGCAAUUGGCUCUGCCACGGUGAUCUGCACAAACAAAAGAGGCACCCUCACAUUGAACCAUAUGAAGGUAACCAAACUUUGGCUAGGCCAAAAUUAUGUUGAAGAAGGUGCUUCCUCUUUGAUUGCACCCAAUGUUCGGGAAUUGUUCUGCCAGGGAGUUGGUAUGAACAGACAAGAGGUUCCAUCUGAGCUAUCUGAGAAUCAGAUUGAAAAAGCAAUUUAUGACUGGGGUGCCGCAGAAAUGGGAAUGGAUAUGGAAGAAUUGAAGGACAGAUGUACCAUUCUCCGCUUUGAAGACUUCAAUUCAGAGAAGAAAGAGGGUGGGGUUUUGAUCAGGAAAGAGGCCGACAACACGAUCCAUCUGCACCAGAAAGGUGCACCAGAGGUAAUACUAGCCAUGUGUUCGCAAUAUUCUGAGGACACUGGGAUCAUCAAAGUCAUUAAUGAAGGUACAAGGGGGAAUUUGGAGUAUACAGUUCAAGACAUGACAGCCAAUGGCCUCCAAUGCAUUGCUUUUGCACAUAAACAAAUGCCAGACAAUAAUGAUGAUGGAGAAUUCCACUUAAAGCUAGAAGAAGAAUCUUUGAUAUUAUUAGGGAUUCUUGGUCUGAAGGACCCCUGUCGACCCGAAGUAAAAAAAGCUGUGAUAGAUUUCCAACAAGCUGGAGUGAACAUUACAAUGAUCACAGGAGACGAUGUUACCACAGCAAGAGCUUCAGCUAUUGAAUGUGGUAUAAUCGAGCAAAAUCAGGACAACACUGGGAAAGUGAUCGAUGGGGUGGAAUUUCAAAAUUAUACUAAUGAGGAGAGAAUGGAGAAAGCUGAUAAAAUUCGUGUGAUGGCAAGAGCCUCAACCUUCGACAAACUUCUGAUGGUACAAUGCUUGAAAGAGAGAGGCCAUGUGGUGGCAGUUACAGGAGACAGCAAAGGGGAUGCGCGGGUGCUCAUAGAAGCUGAUAUAGGGCUCUCUCUGGGCAUUCAAGGGACUCAUAUAGCAAAGGAGAACUCAGAUAUUGUCAUCUUGGACGAUAAUUUUGUUUCUGUAGCCAGAGUUUUGAGGUGGGGGAAAGGCACGUACAACAACAUCCAGAUAUUCACUCAGUUCCAGCUCACUGUUAGCAUUGCUUCUCUGGUGAUCGACUUUGUGACGGCAAUUUCGUCCAGUGAACCCCCCACUAUCAACAUUGUGGCGGCGAUUUCAGCCGGUGAAGUUCCAUAUGCAACUCUACAAAUACUGUGGGUGAAAUUGAUAGUCGGUACAUUGGCUUCUCUAGCUCUCACUAUGGAGAAGCCAGACGAAGAGCUCAUGCAACAACCACCUAUUGAUCGGACCAAGCCCUUUAUCACCAACAUCAUGUGGAGGAACAUAGUGGCCCAAGCUCUAUAUCAAAUAGCCAUCCUGCUAACCAUACAAUUCAAGGGCGAAUCAAUCUUCAAUGUGAAUGCCAAAGUAAAAGACACAUUGAUCUUCAAUACUUUUGUUCUCUGCCAAGUUUUUCUUAUAUUUAACACAAGGAAGUUUGAGAAGAAUGUUUUCAAAGGGCUACAGAGAAAAAAAAUGUUUUGGGGGAUCACUGGAUUAAUCAUUCUUCUACAGGUUUUAAUAGUGGAAUUUUUGAAGAGGUUUGCAGAUACAGAGAGACUGAACUGGGGGCAAUGGGGUGCAUGUAUUGGGAUUGCUGUUGUAUCUUGGCCAAUUGGUUGGCUGGUGAAGUGCAUACCUGUUCCUAAGAAACCAUUUUCCAGCUAUCUCAUGGGGCAGAACUUGUCAGUAUGAGUGGUCAAAUAACGCUCAACGUUUUUAUUUAUAUUUGUUUUAUUGAAGUCUCUUGUAAAAACCCAAGGUGGAGGAGAAAACCCAAUGUAAAUAUAUCUCAAAUUCUUGCAUUGACUUUGCAUUGUCUUCCAUUUUUUUGCAAAUCUUUUAAUUUCAGGUAAACAAAUAAUUAGGGGUGUUAAUUGAGAUGAGCUAC